GCGUGCGUGUGUGUGUGUGUGUGUUAAUUCAUAUGAAUAUCUAUUCAAAUGUAUUAUACAUGUAUUUCUGUAUUCAUAUACAUCAUUCUCAUACAUACAUUUUUAUUACAGGUUAUAUUGAGAGGAAGAGAAGAAGUGGAAAGAAGUGAAAUGGGUUGAGAAGUGGGUGAGGUACAUAUGAAGCGUGAAUAUGACAGCCCUGACUCUCAGCUGGGAUAUACAGUGUGCAGAUAUACCGCUGUCUAGAGUGCAGGAGUGAGUGCGGGCGCUCCUCACCAAGCUGUCUCUAGCGGGAAGUGGCUGGAGGUAGUGGAUGGUCCAGGAGCUGGCGAUCUACAGCCAUCCGUCUAUUCACUGUGUCUUCACUCCAGCACUCAGUGGAUGUGUUUUUUUUUCACUCUGAGGUAGCGUGGAGUGCUGGUGCUCCAUCUCUUCUACUUAAAGAGUUGACUGAAGUGUUUUCACUCCACCUGACUUUCCACUACGAGUGAAAGUGCUCUUUAAAUCCCUUGUAUCCACUUUAAGACCGAGUGCAAGUGUACUCAGAGCGCGAGUGCACGUUCCAGAGGUGUGGGUAGACUUGCCGAGGGAGUGGAAAUGAGUGCGCACUGCCUUGGCCAGAUUAACAGCACUAUAAAUCACUUCUAUGUAAAUUUAGAAUAGUUGGGGGCCCGAAUAUAUCGCUUGUUUUGAGUUCCUGGGAUACGUGUGGGGUUUACUUCUUGUGAAAACUGAAUGCUGUCUUCUGGGAACGAUAGUGCGAAAUGUCGUGAUUCUUGUGGCGUCGAAAGACGAUGGAUCGUUUGGAAAAAAGUAAGAGAGAUGCAUGUUACAGUGGUAAGAGACUUCGCUCUCUGAAGUGCUUGUGUCUGUGUGUAGGAUGAGGGAGGUGGGUGCUGGUGAAGCUGACUUGGAGUGAUCCGUCAGCCAUGCAUCCCCCUGGGCCCCUGUUGCAGCUGACACUACUGCUGGCCGCUGCUGUCACUGCCAGCGACUGCCCCUCAUUCUGCUCCUGCAAGUGGAAGCAUGGCAAGCAGACGGCAGAGUGCCGUCACAAGGGUCUGCACACACUCCCUACAAACAUCAACCCCGCUACGCAGGUUCUUGAUCUGUCGCAUAACAACAUUCAGAGACUCCCUCGCCUGGCCUUCACGCAGGAGGGCCUUACUAACCUCCAGAAGGUCUAUCUGACCGAUUGCAAAUUGCAAGAGGUGGACAACGAGGCAUUUUGCGAGUUAAGCAACCUGGUGGAGUUGGAUUUGAGCGAGAACCUGCUAAAGAAGGUGCCGAGUGAAGCCUUCAGACACACGCCGGAGCUGCGAGAGUUAUAUUUGCGUAGUAAUCCCAUACAGCACAUCGAUGUGGACGCUUUCAACCAGCUCUCCUCCCUAAAAGCACUCGAUCUCAGCCAGUGUAACAUCAAAACCAUCGCGAUGCGAGCAUUUGACCCCCUAAGGUUACUGGAAAAGCUGAAACUUCACUCUAACAAGUUAACAGAGCUCCAGCCUCGCCUGGUUGACAGUUUACAAAGCCUUCAUCUACUGACUGUCUACGAGAACCCUUGGAUCUGUGACUGCCGCCUGAGAAAGCUGAGGGAGUGGCUGGUAGUGCGCCGCGUCCCGCACUCCGUCUCACCCGUCUGCGCCAAGCCGUUGCGCAUCCAGGGACAGAACUUCGACGAAAUAGACGAGAGUGAGUUCGCCUGUCCACCGGAAAUCCUACCCACUACCAGGAAGAUUGAGGGCACGGCGGGUGAGAACACCACUGUAUGGUGCCCAGUGGGCGGCCUGCCCACCCCAGCAGUGUCCUGGCAGGUCAAAGACACACUGGUCCAGAAUGGUUCAUCAGUGGGUGAGGGCGGUGGUCAUGGCUACAUAUUAAACGAAGCAAGCGAGGAGAGAGGCAGCUUAUUACUUGUGGUGGGUGCCAAGAGUCAAGACACUGGACUUAUUAUACGAUGUAUUGCCUCCAACGCUGCUGGCACGGCUUCUGCUACAUUCGAACUGGCUGUGGCUCACAGAGUGUCCUUAAGAUUCUCUGCUGAUAAGAUUGCCGCUGUCUCUUCUGUUAUUGUGGUGGUGGUGGCUAUUGUUGUGGGUGUGUGUUCUGUAAGGGCGCGCCGGCGCCGUGCGCACACUCCUUUACCGAUAAAGACCGUGACGGUGAACGGAGCGACGGAAACACGCAUCGGGAACUUGCCUUACACGCCUUCGGCGUACGUGGGGGGAUCUGUCGUGGCCACGACGGAUAACCCAGACUUGCUGUGCGAGGCGGACCAGCAUUCCGACGGAGAGUGCUGCACUACAGACGAGGGGAGCCAACAAUCGACGUGCAGCACGACUCCCAGACACAACGGACAGAGUCGCAGCCACACCGUGUCCCUAGACGGCGAUAGGGCGCCCCUGAGCUGCCCCUUCGACUCCGUGUGGGAGCCUGAACGUGUUCACGCCGUUCUAGAUUCAGCAGCACCGGAGAACGUGAUGCACACGUCAUUGCACGACCCCCUCACACCCACCUGCGACGCCCUUGUGCAACAGCGCCUCAUGUCCUCCUCCCAGAGACAUCUCAACAACAGAUUCUCCUACCUGCCAGACUUCGCUCCCGACUACUCGGAGAUCUUCUCCUUUAGUCAAGUAGGUCCUGGUCAGACCUACACCUCCCUCGGUGGACUUCCGGUGCCUCACUAUGGCACCAUCCCACGCUCCAUGAAGAUGAGAUCGGUCCCCGAAGUCAUCCCGGGGGAUGGCACCCCCACGUUGAUGCGACAUCCACGGGCGUGGCACUAUGGCUCUGAGGGCUCUCCUGUCGCCUCGCAUGAGCAACGGAGGAGUUACGGGGCCACGCUGUACAGCGCAGCGCCCACGCCCGCCAGCGUGCCACCGCCGCAACCCCUGCUAAACCACGGCAACAAGCUGACGCGUAUCACCGCAAGGGACUCUCCUGAUGAGGGCUAUCAGGAGGGCGCUGACGUCUAGCGGGAGCCUCACGCCCCGAAGACCCUGAGGCGUGAGUGAGGCGGCAUUACUGACAAAUCCCAUGUGACGAAAACCCCAUCCCGUGUGCCAGGAACUACAAGACGUGUGUCAGAACACAUUCCGUGUGUCAGAACCAUAUACCGUGUGUCAGAAACAGCAUUCCGUGUGUCAGAAAUCACAUUCCGUGUCUCAGAAAUCACAUUCCUUGUGCCAGAAAAAGACAUUCCGUGUACCAGGGUUGGCACCCCAUGUUCCCCGAACCACACGGUGAUGUGUCUAGAACCACAUUCCACGUAUCCAGACCCCAUCCCGUGUGUCCAAACCGCAUCUCGCGGGCCAGGAGCUGUAUUCCGCGUGUCCGACAGGGAAAACAGGACAAGAAUGGAUUUUGCCAGACGCUAAAAUAGCAACGAGUGGAUUGAAGUCAAGGACUUCAGUUCUAACUGGAUACAGAGAACUUCGAUGUGGACCUCUCGGUGUAAGGUGUCGCGUUAUGUGUACAGCGAUGGAACUCUUCCCACACACGGUGUUCCUCGUGUUGAUGAACAGCAUGCGACCUGGCGUUGAAGAAACAUGGUACAUUACACUGUGUGCAUCGCGGUGGUCCCCCACCUCCCCAGGGUGUUCCUGGUGUUUAGAUUCGUGUACAGCCUCAGUGGUGAGGAGAGGAAGUGCGUUUCAGGACACGCUUCGGCCAGGGUAGCUUUUCGCUCUGAUUUGACGUGGCUCUACGCAGAGCGAAAGGCUGUGACCCGGUGGAAACGUCGCCCUGCUAGGUGCCUAUAAUCGCAUCGUUUACCUAGCAACCUAGUGAGUGAGAAAGGUGUGAGCAUGGCUAAUGAUUUUGGCCUAUAGCCUCACACAGUGUCACCAGCAUCACCUGUUUUAGAUGAGAGGGGAUGCUGUGAGAGUACUGUCAUCAGCAUCACCUGUCAUAGAUGAUGGGGGAUGUUGUGAGAGAGACAGUACUGUCACCAGCAUCACCUGUCUCAGAUGAGAGGGGAUGCUGUGAGAGUACUGUCAGGAGCAUCGCCUGUCUCAGAUGAGAGGGGAUGCUUGAGAGUACUGUCACCAGCAUCACCUGUCAUAGAUGAUGGGGGGAGAGAGACAGUACUGUCACCAGCAUCACCUGUCUCAGAUGAGAGGGGAUGCUGUGAGAGUACUGUCACUAGCAUCACUUGUCUCAAAUGACAGGGGAUGCUGUGAGAGAGACAGCACUAUCAUCAACAACACCCGUCUGAGAUGACAGGGGAUGCUGUGAGAGAGACAGCACUAUCACCCGUCUCGGAUGACAGCAGAUGCUGUGAGAGAUAGCCACCCAUCUCAGAUCACAUCAAACGCCGCAACUGACAUUAAAAAAACCCAAACAUUUCAAGAGCUUCCAAAGAUCUCUGUGGCAUAGCAAAUGCCUCCACCCCCCUUCCCUUUGUACAGCAUCCCUUUCUAUACUCUUAACCUCCCCUCUCCCCUCUAUCCCCCUCCCCCUUCUCUCCCAGCUCCCCAUCAAAAGCAUUGUAAUCUCGGCCUUAUAUACAUUUUCCAUUCCUAUUUGCUGUUGUAAAGUGUUUAAUGUACCCACA